AUGUCAGCUCAACCAUCAUCCCUUCAUAAUUCUCUCCUUCCACAUCGAUCUCAUCCUCUAGUGAAUCAUUUCAUUUACAAUUAUAAUAUUCAAAUUUUAAAAAACAAGGAGGAUGCAACUUCCAAUGUUGUUCCAUUCAUCAAUAUAUGGACCAUUCAUGACUAUGAAAAUCUCAACGCUCAAUUACAACAAGAAUUAGAUCAACAUUUGAGAAUAUUAGAAGAAGAAGAACAGGAUAUGCCAAUAGCCAACAUCCAUCAUGAUGAAUACUUGUCAUGUCUAUCCAUGUCCGUUUCAAAAUUAGUUUGUAAAUCCACACAACAACAACCACCACCCCCUCUUCAACAUUAUGUGGAUGAAAAGAGUGGAUUAUUACGUGUCAGUGGAGAGGUCAUGGAAGAAUGCAAAGAUAAAUCUCAACGACAAGUUCAUCACAACAUGAAUGAAGAAUUUCCUCUUUUGGAUGACAUGUCUGAAAUCAACAAUGAAAUGACGAAUAAGUUUGUGAAGGCAUCGAUUCAACUUCGAGAUAUUUGUAAAGCUUGUUAUCUCAUUGAAAAGAAUUUUGGAUUAAUUUCCAUUCUUUUGGACAGAUCAAAUGUUCAACACAAUUUGUAUCAAAAUGAACGUGAAAAUAUUUUAAGAGAUUUACAAUUUUGUCAACAACCUGUGGAAUCUCUUAAAUAUUUACAAGAAAUUUAUAUGGAAAAUCCAAAAAUCAAUAAUUAUGCUAUAUUUAGUUUUUUAUCACCUCUAGUGGAACAUUUAAUGACAUCCAUUGUGUAUUCUGUUUCUAUUCAUGAAUAUGAUAAACAAGAGAAUGAAAUUGUGAUUCCAGCAACAUUAACAGAAAUUUUGGAAUGUCAAGCUUUAAAAAAAGUCAUUCCUUUGAAAUUACUCAAUUGUAUCAAGGUAUUUAUGGGACCACCAAAAGGUCUCAAUUUGAGAAAUGUUCUAUAUCAUGGAUUUUUAGAUGAAAGUGAACUUGAUGAAUGUUAUUCAAAUUUUUUAUGGAAAAUUUAUUUCACAGUGUGUCGACAAGUCUCUCUCUACUAUUCGUGCCAUGAUGAAAAGAAUGAAAAUUUGACACCUCAUUCUGACACAAAUAGUUCCAUUUCAUUGAAGAAAUUUAUUUUGAAACCAAGAAAUGAUAUGAGUGGUGAAGAAUUUUCACAAUUAGAAUUAUUUGAAUAUCAAAAAGGUCUAUUAUUAUUUAUGCAUCCACAGGAUGAGAUGAUGAUUCACUCAAUUCUAGAUUCAUCCUAUUUUGUUAUUCCUACUCGACAUCGAAUUAUUGGAAAUGCAUUUAGAUUUCUAAAAAAGGGAAUUACUGAAAAGAGUCAAAUUGAUCUACAACUAUCAUUGUGUUUAUUAUUUCCACAGUUUGAAGCCUCUCUGAGAAGACUCUAUGUUGCAGGAAAUGAGAAAGUAGAUGAAAGAACAUGGUGUGCUCAAAAUGAAGAAUUUUUUAGCACUCUUGAAGUUAUAUUUGGAAAUCAUUUAGAGACAUCCACAUACAGUGAUACCAUAUUAGGUGUGAAUAAGAAUCAAAGUGUGAACAUAGGUCAGUCCACUCUUACAAGUGAAACAAAUGGAGAAUUUGUGAAUUCAUUGAAUAGUGAACAACGAGCUCGUUUAACACCCAAUGAGAUAUUUAAUAUUUUACAUGAGAGUGUUGGAGAUUGUUUGAUGGAUUCUUUUAUCUUUUAUGGAGGUCCAAGAUUGAGAGACAAAAUUGCUCAUUGUCAAGUUCUCAACCAAUUGAAUCCACAUUUAGUUCAACAUUAUUUUCUAAUGUUUUUACUAUUGUGUAUACAACUUUCACACAACAAGAAUGAAUUAUUCUCAAAAAUUGAUCUAAUGAAACAACACUCCACAAGUGAUCAAAUGAAAGAAGAAGAAUCGUUGAGCCAUCAUUCUUCCAUACUCUUUCACACCAUCCAACAUUUCCUUAAUAGAUCCACUCCAUCGUUUAGUAUUUAUGACAUUCGAACAAAAUUCAUUCGAGCAUGGAAUCAAUUGAGAACAAAACUCAUGUUCAAUCAUUCCUAUUAUAUUUGUGAAAAUUAUAAAGACAGUGAUGCAACCAAUGUCAACACAGUGGUUAAAGAAUUGCAAGAUUAUACUUGUGUCAUGAAUAGAGAAGGAUUCUCACUUGCAAAGAAUUUAAUAUCACAAGAAUCUGAUCAUUCCAAUCAUUUGGAUGAAAUGAAUGAAUUAAUUUCCAACAUUGAAAAUAAUUUCAAAAAAGGAAAUCCAAAGAAUAUUCAAUUCACUGUAAAAGAUUGUUGCGCCUAUUUGAACAAAAAGUAUCCAACCAUGUUCACAAGAUCACAGUCGAAUUCCAUUCUCUCACAAAAUAUUCCUCUCUCCUAUUUCAAUCACUUUCACUAUCCAGCUCAACAAAUUAGUAAUAUGGAUAUUUUACUGAGAAUUGUGGAACAUUUGGAAACAGCAUUGCAAAUGCUACAAGACAAGUAUGAGGAACAUUGCACAUUGAUUAAUGAACGAAAGGCAAGAACUCCUCACAGAAAACUCUAUUCUGUGAUGAUUCAAUCGAAACCACUCCUUCGAUGCAUGUUUGAAUUCCUUUUACAAUUACUUUCGAUUCAGUUUGAUAUCAUUAAUAGGAAACACAAUUCUCCAGAGGAAGGAGAUGGUAAAAAGAGGCUCACAUGGAUUUUGCAAAUCAUGACACAAGCUGAGAGAAUUGUAGGCCAAAUUAAGGAUGGAACGAUUGGUCUAUUGAAUUCCAAAUGGAUGGAAUUUGUUGUGAUGCGAGAGAAAAACAUUUUGCAAGAUAGAGCAAGCUAUUUAUCAGAAUAA